CUGUAGUAAAGUUGACCAAGAGGCUACUUCUUACUAGCAAGGGGGAGAAAAAGAGGAAACUGAGUUCCGCGCACAUUUUGUACUAUUGCACUUUGGGUGUUUUUUUAUGUUUAUUUUGCGUGGAAACGUGUGGUACUGUGUUCAAAUCCACAUUUAGGGCUCGGGUUGAUCGUUUAGAAAUAAAGUAGCUGCUGGUAUCCACAACACAUUAACGUUACCGUAAGGAUGGGAUGUUUCCUCUGAGCAAGGCUAUAUACUGAUUUGGGAUGAUGGCUUUGUAGCGCCAAAGGUUCUGGCAAAUACUCCAAAGAAAUCAUUUGGUCAGUGUGCAGUGGAGAACCAGCUGACCAUGGGUCCCCUCACUACACCUAAAAAAGGAAGGGAAGUACGUUCUGUUGACCCCUGGACGCCGACUUCCAACCUAAAAAUGCUCAUCAGUGCUGCUAGUCCUGACAUCAGGAACCGAGAGAAAGAGCUGUGCAUGGACAAUGACGGACGGGAAGGUCUUGACCCUUCACAGGACUCUGAAAAUGGAGACUGGAAAAUGAUCAGCAGGAAAGAGAAAAGUCUGGGUUUGCUCUGUCAUAAAUUCCUCGCCCGCUAUCCAGAUCACCCAAACCCUUCCCUCAACAACGACAUCUGCCUGGAUGAUGUGGCCACUGAGCUCAGCGUAGAACGCAGGCGCAUCUACGACAUCAUGAACGUGCUAGAGAGCCUGCACAUGGUGAGCCGCUCAGCCAAGAACCGCUACACAUGGCACGGCCGGACCAAACUGGCUCAGACUCUGGCCGUUCUGAAGCAAGUGGGCGAGGACCAAAGGUACGGCCAGCAGAUGCUUCACAUCCGGCAGCGUCUCCGGGACAAGGGGUUUGACUUUGACGGGGAGGAGAAGGAGAAUGAGGAGGUGGUGGAGCUGGAGAGCGGGGAGCAGGGACAGAAGGAGCUCUUCUUUGUGGAGCUUCCAGGAGUAGAGUUCAAAGCAGCCUCUGUUAACAGUCGGAAGGACAAAUCUCUGAGGGUGAUGAGCCAGAAGUUUGUCAUGCUCUUCCUAGUGUCUAAUCCUCGCGUUGUCAGUUUGGACGUGGCUGCCAAGAUCUUGAUCGGAGAGGACCAUGGUGCAGAUCAAGACAAAAACAAGUUCAAGACCAAAGUGCGUCGGCUGUAUGACAUAGCUAAUGUGCUGCGGAGCCUGAAGCUCAUUGAGAAAGUCCACGUGACAGAAGAGAGGGGUAGGAAACCGGCCUUCGAAUGGGUCGGCCCCGAAGAAUUCCCACAUGUCAAAGACUUGGAGAGCUCCACAUCUGAAUGCUCAACAAAGAAGAAAAUUGUACUGGAGUCCCGUGCUUCUUUAGACAACUGUGCCAAAAACCUAUUUUCAUCGCCCAGGGCCAAGCGCAGAUUCACCCGGCACCCCUCCCUCAUAAAGCUGGCCAAGAGCAUUCAGGAUGAUCGUCGAAAGAUCAAUUCUGCCCCCAGCAGUCCUUUCAAAAGUGCACUGAGCAAUUCAUCAAACCUUGAACUCCCAAAUAAAAUGGCCCAACUUGCUGCUAUAUGUAAGAUCGAGCUCGACCAGGAGUCAUCGACCGGAGCUGACGAUCCACAGCCUGCUGCUGCUGAGGCGGACACUGCCGCCGUGAGGCUCGAGCCGACCUGCUCUGUUUCAAUGGAACAGUUACUAACUCCAACCCAGGAGACUAGAGUCAAUACUACUGUCCACCUCACCCCCCACACGCCGCUGACGGCCCUGCCCGCCGGCUCCGUCGCCUACAUCCCUGCACAGUGUUCACCCCUGAUUCCCGUCCUGUUACCACAGCAGCGGGGGAGCGUGCCGUACGCCGUAUAUUUGCAACCUUCGUCCCGCAGGCCGAACCCUCUGGCCAGGCCGCAGCCGACCAGUCUCGCUGUACGCUCCAUGACCUUUGAGGAUAAGACUGGGCAGAGCCCGACAGGCCAGUAUGCAGCCAUGAGUCUGCCAGCCUUUAGGGCGUCAGACGUCAGCCCCUUGGUGCUCAAACGGUUGCGUUCAGAUUCAGCCUUAGAGAACAGCCCCUCCAAAGCCAAGAAGACCGACACCAACUUUAAGGACACUUCUCCAAAGCUGUGUGGGAUCCUGCAGGCCCGACUAAAGGCCCGCCGUGGCACUCAGCACUCAAGCCGACCCUCGCCUCGCGCCCUCCACCUGGACCCGGAGUUUGUCAACACCCCCGGCGGUGCUGUAGCCAAUCAGACACUAGAGCAGAGCUUGGAGACCUUCCUGGACAGAGAAGACAAGAUGGUGUACUCCGACAGCGAGGCGGGAUUAACACCGGUCAGGGUUGUACCCCUCACGCCGGGACACCUCCACACAGAGACUUUAGUACCGGCUGGAUACCUGAUCCCAAUCUCCCAUCAGUCCCUCAUCGGCUAUAAGGAAAUGCAAGAUUCAGGACGAGAGUGCAACAAGGCCUCAACUCCCACUUACAACAUCUACCAAACACCCACUGCAGGCUCCAGACAUGCUCUCGCCCAGGAGACGACACCCACCAGCCUUCGUCUUCACAAAGCCGCUGCUGCCGCCUCACCGCUCACCACCCAGCAGGCCCACCACCUCCACAGCCCCAGCCCUGCCAUCCUCAACUUCACCCUGCAGAACCUCGGCCUGAUCUCAGGCUCCAGUCCAGGAAACAUCUUUGCUGCCCCCCAAACUCCAGAGUGUGCCAACACCAUGCCCAGCUCGCUGGCUCUGCAGCAGAGAGGCAUGGUUUUCAUCAAACCUGUGUCCCCUGUGCCUCUCCAUCAGUCCGUAACAGGGCAACCGAUGGCCCUGUUCAGUGUACAACAGUCUCUGAUGACCACCCCCAAAGGCACAGCGCUCCCCCAGCACAGCUUCUUCCACACGCCGGUCCACCUCUCCCCUCUGGCUGCCAUGGUAACCCCCGGUGGACAACUGGCCACCAAAGCUGUUUACAUCCCUCAGAGGAAGCUGGACGUCGCCACUGAGGAGUCCUGAAAUCCCAGGAAACCAUCUGAUGACUGUGUACAUUGUGUGUGUGUGUGUGUUUGUGUUGUGGGUGGCUGUCCUUUAUUUCCGGUCUGGUUAUGAUUUUACAUUAUUCAUUACCUCUGAACAUUACACAGCGGUCUUCAUUCUCAUCAUGGCCAGCUCUAAAAUUAGACUUCGGCUGUUGCCCAGGGCACAUAUUUCAAACCAAGUUCACCAGAAACUCAUGAACACUACUGUCAUGCUCAUUGUGAUGCUGGUAGAAACUGUUUCCCCACGACUUAAUUUUAGUUAUUUCUGCUAAUGUGAGUGGUGUGAACACCAAUUUCCUCUUUUCAAAUGACCAAGAGUAGUAAAAUCAAUGCUUCUGAAGAGCAACACUUAGGUCAGAUGGACGUUUCUUUGGCUGAAAGACAAGUUUGAUUGGAAACAUUGUUGAUUGAUAAUCUUGUCUCUAAGUGAAACCUAAUGAGACAACUUUUGCACAUAUGUACAUGUUAACUGUUACCCCUGUUAAAAAUAUGUGAAUAUUUUUGAUUCUAAGGCUAAUCAGACAUUUUAAUUAAGUUUCAUUUAUAUGGAAAUCACCUUUGUAUUCUGAUGUCCUGCUAAAUGUAAAAUGUAAUUGAAUACAUUUUUCUAUGAAUCAGGUGAAGUCGGUCCGUCUUUUGGUCUCCACCGCACAUCGUCACAACUAUUAGAUUGGAAUUUGUGCCGACAUAAAGGCCUGCUACCAACAAAUACUUUCAUUAAAGAUGCAUGCGUUACUUUUACUAAGAUCAUUUUGUCUAAAAAAAAAUAACAAUACUGAUCCCAAAUUCUAAGUGCUCAAGGUGACAUCUUCAAAUGCAUGUUUUGACUAAACAACUAUUUUGAGAAAUGUUUUUUCCGUCAUAAAUGACUUAAAUGUAUUGAUUGAUUAGCCAAAGAAGAAUCCAGCUCUUUCAGGUAUAAAGUUGCUCUGAGGAGCUUUAUUGUGAACAAACAAAAAUACUGUUUACGUUCAGUGUUACUCACUGAAAUGCAUUGUGUGUAUCAUUGACCUCUAACAAAUGUGUUGAAUACAUUUCCUUCCUCAUAAAACAUUUAAAUCCUA